ACUCACAACACAGGACGCGAUCGAUGGGCAGCAGGAAGAGCCAAUGGGAGGACAGCGUCGGCUUUUGCAGGUGUCGGGUGUCGCGGAUGGUCUCGGAGUGGCUGCGCUGGAUGCAGCAAUAAGAAUAGAGUGCAGAAACCAUGGACAACCAAUAUGAUUUCAUUAGCACCCCAACUUGCAAUGGAAUUUCAUCUCGUGAGCAGAAAGCCAGCUCCUUGGUGGCUGAAGGCCAUGGCCAACAAAUCUUAAAUGUACUGCAAAGCUUCAGAGAUCAAAACAACUUUUUUGACUUCAAAAUACUUGUGAAAGAUGAAGUGAUCCCAUGUCACCGUUGCGUAUUGGCAGCAUGUAGUGACUUUUUCAGGGCCAUGUUUGAAGUUAACAUGAAAGAAAGAGAUGAUGGGAGUGUUACUAUUAGUAAUUUAUCACCCAAGGCAGUGAAGGCAUUUCUUGAUUAUGCCUACACUGGAAGAACAGAGAUAACAAACGAUAACGUAGAAAUGUUAUUUCAGCUUUCAUCCUUUCUUCAAGUUUCCACUCUUUCGAAAGCUUGCAGUGACUUUCUAAUUAAGAACAUUGAUCUUGUCAACUGUUUGCAGCUAUUAUCCAUUUCCGAAAGUUAUGGGUCCACUCAGUUGUUUGACCAUACCCUCAAAUAUGCCCAGCGCCAUUUUUCCUUGCUGCUCCAGUCAAAUGAUUUUCUGGAAAUGAAUUUUGAGAUACUGCUAAAAUGUAUAGAAGCAGAUGAGCUCAACGUCCCAGAUGAGGAAUCUGUGUUGAAAGCUGCCCUUUGGUGGACGAAACAUAACUUGGAAACAAGACAGAAGCAUCUUCCCCACUUGAUGAAAAAAAUACGGUUACAUCAGUUAUCCGAGGAGACGCUGCAGGAAGUAUUGCACUCCGAAGAACAACUACUUGAAAGCGCUGGUUGCUUGGUAAUAAUCAAUGAGGCAAUUAAAAGUGUGCAAACUUUUAGCGGUUUGUUUCCAGACGCUCGCCCUUCAACAACAGAACAGUACAUACUUGUUCACAAAACUGAGGAAGACGGAGUACAUCGACAUACGUUUUGUUACAAUAUUAAAACUGAUCAAUGGAAGGAACUGAUGCACACUCACAUAACAGAUCUGCCAGGAUCAAGUUUAUCUAGUUAUGGUGAAAAGCUGUUUAUAACUGGCGGAUGUGUAGGGAACUGUUUCCGGACAAUUAGACUUCAUAUUGCUGAAACGUAUCAUGACGCCACUGACCAAACUUGGUGUUACUGUCCGGUGAAGGACAGCUUCUCGUCGGUAUCAGCCAUGAAGAAGCCAAGGACAAUGCAUGCAUCUGUUGUGACCCUAAAUCAACUGUUUGUAAUAGGGGGGAAGACGAGGGCAUCUAAGGAUAUCAAAAGUCUUUUGGAUGUGGAGGCAUACAGUCCUCUCUCUGGGGAAUGGAAAUCUGUGAGUCCCUUACCAAGAGGUAUCUAUUAUCCAGAAGCAAGUGCAUGUCAGAAUAUAAUUUAUGUGCUUGGUUCUGAAGUAGAAAUUACUGAUGCCUUUAACCCAUCUCUUGAUUGUUUCUUUAAAUAUAAUGCCGCAACUGAUCAGUGGUCUGAGCUGGUAGCAGAAUUUGGGCAGUUCUUUCACGCCACCUUAAUCAAAGCUGUUCCAGUGAACUGCACAUUGUACAUCUGUGACCUUUCCACCUACAAGGUUUAUAGUUUUUGCCCAGAGACAUAUGUCUGGAAAGGGGAAGGGUCUUUUGAAUGUGCUGGUUUUAAUGCAGGAGCAGUUGGAAUAGAAGAUAAAAUUUACAUCCUCGGUGGAGAUUAUGCUCCUGAUGAAAUCACUGAUGAAGUACAAGUCUACCAUAGCAGUAGGUCUGAAUGGGAGGAGGUUUCACCCAUGCCAAGAGCCCUAACUGAGUUCUAUUGUCAGGUGAUUAAGUUUAAUAAAUAUAGGGACCCAUGGUUGUUUGCAAUAGCAGUGUAGUCCAAUAUAUCAGUUAUAAGAAACUGCACAAGUUUUAUGGUUCUGUUUGCUUUUCAUUUGCCAAAAAGCCCCAUAUAUUAGAGGCCCAAUCUGCUAACAUGGUUUGCAGCCACUUUUUAUUUUAAUAAGGAGCAGGGCUUGAUUGAAUGUUUGGAAUAUAUUCAAACACCUCUUUUUAAAUUUCAGUAGCAAUCCCCCCCCCCAAAAAAGGGAUUGACCACAACUAGAACCAGAAGCUUUGUGAACUAAAGAGUAAUGUAGAUGAUGUGAGGGUUUUUUCCCCCCUUUCCCCCAGUCAACCCUACAAUAUGUUGAAAAGCAAUUUAUGGUAUGAUUUGGGGUCAACUGGUCAAAGGAAAAAAAAUAUCAAAAAUUACAUUGAGCCUAGGUAGCAGUUUACAUCCUGGCCCAAGUUUUCAGAUUAAUGCACUUAUAGGGCCAAAGUAAGAGUAACCAGGAUCAAUAAUAGUUUUGCCAGUAGAAAAAAAUGGAGUUAAAAGUUGAAGGUUUCCAUAAUAUGUAGUAAAGUAAAAUAGGCUGAAUUUAGUUGCUUUCUGGAUGUUGGCUUAACUGUUUACCAGGGAGCACACCCCAUUGAACUCAGUGGGGUGGGCUUCUGAGUAAAAAUGUGUAGGCUUGCUGUAAGUUACUCAAUUCUGGAUUUUUUAAAGCUUAAUUUAGCAUUUUUCUCUAUUAGUUAUUAAAUAAAAUGUCAACUAUUUUGAUAGGAACAUUGCACACAAUAAUUUUCACAAACAACUUUUAUUAACUUGGGCUGCAAUACUCUGUUCACCUGGGAGUAUGUUCAUUGAACUCAUAGGACUUACUUUUGAGUAGGCAAAGAACUGCACUCACUGAGACUAAAAUGGCUUAAGCAAAGACAGUAGUGGAUUCAGUUGAGUAUUCAAUAUCUCAAGUGGUGUAGCUUGUUGAUGUUACUAAUAGGUCCUAAGUUGGUCUGUCAUUUCAAUGCUGUUGGCUGUGCUUUUCUCUUUAUGAUAGCCGUAGGUAACAGACACAGCCCAAGGAAGUACCUUUAUGCUUAUGCUUGUGGUAGCAAGUGUGCAGUAAAGUUUUUAUUUCCUUUGUCCAAAACAAUAUAGGAAUGUUUUACUUGUGCUUAUUGCAUCGGGUUAUAUCUCAUCAGUCUGGUGUAAAAUCAUAGAGGGGUUAUAAUAGAUCAGUGUAAUUGUAUUUCCCCAACUUGAAUGCCUCCAUAUCUUUUGGGACUACAGCUCACAUCAUCCCUGAUCAUUGCCCAUGCUGACUAGGGAUGAUGGGAGUUUGGAUCCCAAAAUCUCUGAAGGACACCAGAUUGGGGAAGGUGGCCAAAAUUUAUAUUUAUUUAAAAUUAAGUUUCAUUGCCUGUGUAAAUUUACUUGGGAGUAGGUACAUUUGAAUUCAGUGAGAUUUACUCCAGAGUGAACAUGUUAAGGAUUAUACUGCACAUCUUGUAUUUUUGAGGCAGUAUCUUUCAUGACUGUUUGGAUCCUAAUUUUGCAUUUCCUCAUUCUUCCUUAAAUUGUAACUGGGUUGAUGAUCUGUAUAAAGCUGAUUAAGGGCAUGCCAGUUGCACAUACCUACUUCUGUCAUCCAUCUCAUGUACUUACAAUACAUUAGAUAUAAGAGAAGGAUAUAGCUAGUUUUCUAAGGCUGCAUUUCUAUGCAUGCUCAGUGGGGCUUAACUCCUGAGUAAACAUUUUGUAAGAUGCGUUUGCUUAACAUCUUGCAAAAACUAGACCACAAAACACAAACUAGAGGCCAAAAUAUUAAUUGUACAAAUGCACUUUUAAGGAGUACGUAUUAUCUAGUAGUCUUACCUGAUAGUGGCUGGGAUCCAAAGAGGUAUUUUAGACAUGCCCAAGAACUUGGGCAAGUCUAGUGGAAUUUUUACUUCCCUCCAACCUUUGAAGAUCAAGAUCUUCAUGACAUAUCAAACUGCUUUAGAAAGUCCUCUUCACUCAAGUUUCAAAAGUAAUUUGCUGUACCCCAUGGGGAGAUGUAUUGUUCAAGAAACACAAUCACUAGGGUAUGCGAAACUAGUGUUCGGAUCCCAGCCUACAUUAUAAUGUAGAAAGGAGUUGCAUGCCAACGUAUAUGAAUUUAUUUGCACUAAAAAUGUAACCACACCAAAACAGUUCUAUUAUUCUGGUAUUGUAUUAUCAGUAAAGGUAAAAUAUGGCAUGACCUAAUGAACAUUUAAUAUAUGUAAUUUCUUCCUGUGCUCAGCUAAUUGAUUGAACUAUUUGCUAACGGGUCACUAGUUCAAUAGAUAUUAUUUUGCAAUUACUGUAUCACAAAUGUCAGUGUCAAAAUGUAAUGCAUUGUUUUUAUACAUUGUGUUUUUUAUUCUCACUUUUACACUCCUCUGCCUAGUCCACUGGAGCAGUCUUCAGUGCGAGAAGGCACCUAUGGCCAAGUCUGCUACCUAUAAAGGUAUUGGAAUCAGAACAGCCAAUCUAGUUCUCCUUGUUGUAAAAAUGUUAACGGAAACUUUAGUAUUACCCUGAGGAAAAGGGUUAGAUAAGGCAGAAAAAAUGAUGAUUGCUAAAUAACUGACAUUCAAAGUAAGAGAUUUUGCUGUAGCACAUAGUAUGGGAAAGGGCACAUCUACACAAAGUGGUUUGAAUCAUGUUCUAUUAUAGCUUUCCUCAAAGCACCCUAGCAAUUGUAAUCUAUUCCCCACACCCGAAAAAAAAUAUUUAGUCCCUUCGCAGACCCAGGGCUCAGUGAUUUGGAGAGCUGUCACACACAAAAUUAUUGCACUCGGGCACAUUCCAGCUCCCCAUCUACAGUCCUUGGAGGAGGUGGGACUGUUAUCCUUCUCCCUUGUGGCACCUGAAGUGAGGGGUCCCCGUCAGCCCACCCCCUCAAUUUGGGACAUGUAUUAUCAUCCUGAAGACGAAGGCUGAGGAUCAGUCCCUUCCAGCUAGCUCAUCUGCUGCAAAGGUGCCUGUUGCUCCUCCUUGAACACUACUGAUCAGUGGUAGAGAAUGACCACCACACCUGAGAGUUGAGCACUACAUGUUGCUAGGCACUCCUCCCUGCUCCCAGAGUACUAGCUGCUACCUCUUUCUGCUGCUGCUCUGAGUCUUCUACAUCUGAGGUACUUUUACUCCACCCAGUUUUUGAGGUUGGGUGAGAGUGUUUCUAGGGUCCAGAGCAAAAUUGUUGAACUUCCUGCAAUUUCCUGCUGCCACAUUGGAUUCUGCUCCUCCUCUUGGAGCUUCCUACUGGAUCAUGUGAAUCAAAGUUGUAUUCACUUUUUGCCAGAGGAAAUGGCCCCACAGGUGUCACUGGGGUUCACUUUAGCUUCAUUACUUUCUGGGGGAUCCUGGGCACCUGCCAUUUUGAGGCGGGAAGGCUUUAUUUUGACACAGGAGUGUUCUUGGUCAUUUGACUGUAAUUAUCCCCAAAAUCCCUGAAGGAAGUGACAUCCCUGGUUAGCCAUUGAUAUGCAAAAGGAUCUUUAAAGUAUUUGUAACUAUGCUACAAGCCACUAGAAGUGACAGAAAUAUGUCUGUACCUGUGUGAGUGCUGGAAUGUUCAUUAAUCUGCAUAAUAAAAACACUGAGCAGUUGAA